CAAAACCCACUGCGCGCAAGUCACUAGUAAGACGGUUGGUCUGCAAGAUGGUUAAUUUAAGGGAUAAUUUCAACGAAUUUUGGCGCAAAAAAGACCGAUUUUAGCUAAGCAGAAUGGGUCAGAGUACCUCGUCAGUUUCGAAUUCCAACAAUAUCAACAGAGGUCAGACCUCCACUUCAGGUGCUGGCUACCAGCCUUCCAAUAGGUCUCGACCAGCUGGAACAACGACAGAGCGCCGGCGAACAUGUUCAGGAGCAGGAUCCUCAUCAAGCGGCUACAGGCCAAAGCCCAGUCGGAGUCACGGGCCACCGCCAGCAACCAGAGUCAGCUGGCCUCAUCAUGCCAUCCAACCCCUGGAUUCACGCUUGCAGCCAGCCAACAACCGGCACAGCCCCAGUGACUUUCAUUUCCACCUGAUCCACGGCAGGAAUAUUGUGCUGUCUGCGGAUUCAAAGACGGCAUCCCGCAUGGGCAGCUUCUGCAACGCACUCGUCUUCACCCACAGGGCGAUACACGUGGGUGAGAUCCUCCACUUCGAACUGAUACAGAACACGGCAGGCUGGAGCGGGGUGUUGCGCUUUGGUUACACAUCACAGGACCCUAUGACGUUACGCGCCAAUGGAAUCCCCAAAUACGCGUGUCCAGACCUUACCGCGAGGACUGGGAACUGGGCCAAGGCUGUGAGGGAAAACUGUGCUAAGCACAGCAAUGUACUUAACUUUGUGCUAAGCGAGGAUGGGACGGUGUACUUCAGUGUCAACCAGGAGCCUUUUAUGGAGUUUUUCAAUGGGGUGGACAAUACUAGGCCUGUCUGGGGGGUCAUUGAUGUCUACGGCAAUACAACGGGAGUCCGAAUUGUUGAUACGUUCCCAACUUCCAAUAGGAUAUCGAGUCGAGGUGCCUCAGUGAGUUCUAGCUUCCAGGAUUCCUUGCGGCUCGUCUCAGAUCUCCUUCCAGGUAGCAGCCGGGCGUCUCCCGCGGCAAGCAGCAGUGGUGCUCGCUCUAAUGCCCCAAAGCCAGGGUCGCUGCCGCUGCACACUGUUCACGGCUUCAACAUUAUACUAACAGAGGGGAAUGCAGUCGCUGACAGGAAGGCAUCUAGUGUCAGUGGUGGGAUCACCUUCACGAGUCGCCCCGUCGAGUGUGACGAGCGGGUCCUGAUCAAGGUCCUAGUCGUCAGUCACUGCUACAUUGGACACAUGGGUGUUGGAUUGACAUCGUGCGACCCGGCUUCCCUGGACUUAGACAUGCUACCCCAGGAGGCAGAAGACAUUUGUGAUCGCAAGGAAUACUGGGUCAUGUCCCGCGAUUAUGACACCUUAGAGGAAGGGGCCUGUCUAGGUUUCACUCUGGGCAGGGACGGCCGAUUCCACAUGGCUGGACCUGAGGGUGUCAACGAUAAGGUCCUGAUGCAUGUUGAUACUUCCACUCCGCUGUGGAUGUUCUUUGACUUGUACGGGACGACACAGACUGUUAAAGUAUUAGGUGCACUGAAGAACAUGCCGCCGCCACCACCCCCACCCCCGCUGCCCAUUCCUGAUGGGGAGGUCAACGACAUCAAUCUCAAUAUAUUUGACGAGGCCCAGGGUGCAAUAGCCGCAACCAAUGCAGCGGCCGCCGAAACGCAGCCAGUCCCCACACCCCCUCCACGAAUCAGCUCAGCCUCUGGGGGUAAAAACGCGGCGUCCUCAGCCAACCCGAAACCUCGGCGGGUGCCUCCCCCUCGCCCCUCCAAACCCCCUCUGCGACAGGACAACGAGUGCACGGUGUGCUUUGAGAACCCCCCAGAUGCAGUCUUCUACCGCUGUGGCCAUGUCUGCUGCUGCAUGGACUGCGGCUCUAAGCUGAAGGAGAGGGGGGACCCCUGCCCUCUGUGCCGAGCCCCGAUCAAGGACCUCAUCAAAUUCUACAAGAUGUAGGUGGGUGUGGAUCAUAUAUCUCCUGAUAAUGUACAUGCACCAACAGGUGAAAGCUAAAUGGACUCUGUGCACAAGUACUCGUUAAAACUGAUAGAGCAGAACAUACACUUGAAUGCCACUGCCUGAUGCCCAGGCUAAAUGAAAUGGGUUUUUGGAAAUUGCGAUAAAAAUAAGGUGUAGUUAAUGCAUACUCUGCAACAUGUGCACGUUGAUGAGUAAUCAUAUCUCCGUGUAUUGUUCAUGCACAGAGUCCAUGCUAGGCCUGGGCGAGUAGUGGAUUUUUAUACUCGAGUACUCACGGAGAAAUUACUUGCGAGUAGUCGAGUACUGGCAAGUAGUUAAGCAAAUAGCAUGCAAGUCACUCCACAUUCUUCAGCAUUGUGAUAUCCUUACUCUGGACACUUUUGGUAAUUUACUUCAAAUUUUUUUUGGGACGAAUGGAAAUCUAGCAAGAGAGAAGUGAAGGGAGUGAUUCCCUGGUUGCAGGGGACGUAUUAGGCCGUGAACCCUAAACCCUAAAUUGCUACUCGCGAGUACCUGCUUCUACUCGCCGACAUGACGAGUCCUCGAGUACAUGAAAAAGCACGAGUAGAAUGAGUAGCAUAAACUACUCGCGAGUACCUGCUUCUACUCACGCCUGGAUGAGUACUCGAGUACAUGAAAAACCAUGAGUAGAAUGAACUACUCGCGAGUACUUGAGUAAUCAAGUUACUCGCCCAGCAGUAGUCCAUACAAUGUAUACAAAUGUUGGCAUAAUUUGAUUUUGUACACCGGUUAACAUCCAUGCACCCUGAUGCACUGUUAGUGCCCACAAGGGGUUCUAUUUAGAGAGUAGGUACUUUAAUAGCGCCCUCUUGUGGUCUCUCACAAUCUCGAACCGGGCAUAUUGAUGUGCACUAUUGACUGAAUAAUGCAGUCAACAUGUAAAUCAGGCAGAAGUUCUUUUGGGUCCUGGCAAAUGUUUGUUACGAAUAGGCUCUAGAACCUCGCCUCAUGGGCCGCCCACCAAAAAAUGGCAAAUUGUGUAACGGGGUUCAUGAAUUUUCAUAAUUGUCAUAAUUUUACCACACAGGACUGACAAAUUGUCUAGACGGAUUAGUGUCUUCUUCUUUUUUUUUACGUGCAAUGGCCGUCUGAUGGGGGUCCGAUCAGCCCCACAGAUAACAGGUUUUUCCUGUGUUUGUGAUAACAAGUAAUACAUGUUUUCUUAAAAUAAAGAAUUUCUUAUGUGUCGACAGAUAUGUACUUAAAAAGUGAACAAGUUAAAUGUUAGCCCUCCAUUUCUGAAAUAUGCAUUAGUUGUAUCCAUCUACAAUAGAUAUGCAAGUGGUACACUUAGGUUGUAGUCAUUCUUGAAAACUUAAUGAAUAUCAAUUCCAUUUUAUCGUGUAAGUGAUUUUUGAUACAUGUAGAAAAAGGAUUAGUGUGACAUGGAUGCAUUACUUAUUAUGACCAUAAGCAAUAUUUGUGUGAACAAAAUGAACAAAUGUUGACACUGCAACAUACAUGUGCAAAGUGCAAACACAAAAUCUAAUUGGACAUUUCAGUGGACAAAUUAUCUGUAUCUGUAUCAGUCGAGUCUGUGAACACUCCUCGAUAGGAUACUUUGUACUCAGAAUUGCUUAGGCUCAUUAUGUCUCAUGUUAAAAUGUUUGGCUACAUGUACAUGUACGUACAUGUACAGUGUAUGUGUACAUGUAUGCAUGUCAUGCAAAUGAUUGUAACUAUGAAAUGAAAUAUCAUUUGCGUGUUGAAAUAUCGUCUGCUACGAGUGGUGAAGUAACACUAGCCAGGAGUAGCCGCCAAAGGUAGUCCUUACUUUGAGCGAACCCCCCCCCCCAAAAAAAAACCCCAUAACAUUAAACAAAACUAACACCAUCCCCCCCCCCCCCCAAAAAAAAAUACAUAAAAAAACAACUUUCCAAUUAAAAUUAGCUUGCAUUCGUUCACGGAUACAAUCGAUUGUAAACAAAAUGCGGGCUAACUAAAUUUGGCAAAUUGGGGGCAGUACUUGAAAAAAAGUCAGGUUUUUUCGCCAAGGACCAUCAUUUGAAAUUGAUACAAAAAUCCACUUGUCUUGAAAAUGACAGCACACCAGGUGCCAUGAUUUCUCAGGAUGCUGAAGACUGUUAUUCACAAGUAAGGUAUUUCAUAUAUGGACUUUGGAAAGUUAUCGAAAUUUAACUUGCUCUUUGGAACACUUGAUGAAUCUGCACCUGUAGUUGUAGGCCUAAACUUUGUACAUUCCUUCACCAUGUGCGUUCACUGUGCUGUACUGUGGAUGUAGGUUGUGAUAUUCAGUCAAACCCUCAUAAAAAGAGCACUGUUAAUACAAAAUCCUGCUGAUGACAAGGAAAAUUGUAGGUCCCAAGUCUUUGUCUUUCUUUGUUUUCCAUUACUGAUAAUGCAAGGUACAUCUAUACCUGUAAUAACAAGGUAAUUUGUAAAGUCCCAAGGACCUUGUUAUAAAGGUGCUUGACUAUACAUUACAGAAUAGGGCUAAUUGAUGUCUAUAAGUCUUUAUUGGGAGCGUGGCAAAUGACCAGAAACAGUGCCAAAAAGCUCCAUCUUAGACCUACAUGUACAGUAGGUUCCAACGUUAGAACGUGGUUGGGUAAGCAUGCUAAGAUAUGCUGAUUGGUAAGCUCUGUAUCAUGUACAAUUCAAUUUUCUGCAUGUUGUAUCAGUUGCUAAUGCGGUAUUCUUCACAGGCCCCCCCCCCCCCCCCCCGCAUUUUUAUUAACAGCUUAAUGUCAUCACGUUAUGUGAGUGAUCACAUUCCUGUGCGUGGGUGUGAUUGUUUCCGUACGUUCCUUUGAGAAAAUCCUUUGUUAUCCUGCUCUGCUAAAUUGAUGUAGUCUAGUACCCUAGACACCAUUCAGAAACAAACACUGACGUGCAGUAGAGGGUAAAGACAUCAGACCAUUCUAUGCUAUUGAAUGACAUACAUGUAUGUGUGUAUGAUAAUCAAAUUUUGUUUUGCAUAAUCCUUGAUUAUGCAAAUAAUCCAGCACUUGGGCAAGUACAACGACAUUGUAGUGUACUUCUUGUUCUUGACACCAUGGGAUGUGUUGGAUAUUGAGGCAUCAAAACAUAUUUUCCCUCUUUUUUUUCUUUCUUUUUUUCUUACUUGAUGACAAUCAACAAUGUCAUGUAUAAAUGGAUGUCCAUCAUGUUCAAAGGAUACUGUAUGAGGAUCUUAGAAGUAAAUAUUACAUGUCAUAACAAUGUCAAGUGAGCCACGUUUAAUCUUUAGCAUGACGCAGAAAUUGAAAUAGUCUUUUGAAUGUGCAUUAUGAAUAUACAGACUUUAAGAGAAGAUUUUUUAAAUUAUGUGCUUAGACUUGUUAUAUAUAUUUGCAGUUCAAUGUAUGUAAAUGUAUGUGGAAAUAGCACACACUGCUAGAGAAAUAGCUUAGACUUAGGCCUAUAUCAUGAUAAGUGAUAGUGACAUUUUGCUGCUGUUUGACAUGUUUGAAGUUUUGUUAUUUUCUUCACAAAAUUCUUAUUUUGCAGUCAGUACAUUUGUGAAUCAGUGUGUAAAAUCACUAUCCUGUGUUGGAACAAAAUGUAAAGAACAUUGUGUUGAAUGGGCCAUAACAUGAUUUUUUUCAUAGGAGCACAUUUUGUGCAACUUUCUAAUACUUUUACAUGUAUGCAAACUAUUUGAAAUCCUUUAGCCUAUUGGUUAGUUUUAUUGAAAGGUGGAGUUUUUUAAACAUUAAAUAUUUUACAUCCUUUUCCGGACAACUGAGGGCGCUGUAUCAAAAUUCUGGCAACUUUUGGUGCUAAAAUGGAUGUAACAUUAAAGGUUUCUGCCUGAAAUGACAACACACUUUUGCCAUGAAUAUGGACAUUGGCAUUAACAUAAAAAACAGUUGGGCACCAAAUUACCCUUCAAAAUGGCACACAAAAAAAAUGAAAAUAAGGUUAAAUGGCACAAUUGGUACAUUUUCAAGGAUUACACAAGCUGUCAACCCCAGAUGCUAGAUCUGCUCUUGCUAGGUUGUAGUUAAUGUAUCUUGACACUAUCUAACCGUGGAUCAACAUGAUCAAAUGUGUUGUAUAUUAACUGCAAUUGUUUACAAAAUGCAGGUUUUGUCUGUGGCUUUGCCUUCAAAUUUUUGUUUUGUCCUUCAAUAACUUGGGGGCUUUGGGCUUAAUGAAGGUCCAUGCCUUACUUUGUGAACAUCAGUACCAUAAUAUUAGGCCAAACCUAGGGGUUUGUUUAUUUGGUUUUGACGUUAAAGGCGUCAAAAUGAAUCUGAAGCCUGAACAUGAAGCCAAAACGGAAUACAAAGCGAUGUAGUGUAUACGCGCAGUCUGAUCCGCCGCUCUCUGUUGACCUAACAUAAUCCAUUCCAUCAAAGCCAAUUAAUCUCAUGGCCGCUUUUGCCUCAUCAUUAAUUAAGCAUUUGCAUCUUUUUGCCAGGCCUUUUUAAUCAUCAUUUAUCAUUCGACCAUAAAAUAUUGAUCAAUUGUGACAUUAGAGUGAUUGCAAUAUUCACAAAAGGUUGACAUUAAGGCCAAGUAAAAAAAUGAACAAGUUUCUUGUCCCCGCUGCUAUUUUUUCCCACCCGCCUCUUUUUUUGUUCCUUUUUUUUUAAUUAUUCAAACGCUUUAUUUGGCACAUUGUCAAUAUCCUACAUAGUGUCUUUGUAUUUGUUUCCAUCAAAACGGUAGCUAUGUAGAAAGGGUUACUGCUCCUUUGGACACUAGUUUGUAUCAGCAAAAAAAGUCAAGAAAAUGGAGGAUCCCUCUGCCAUCUUGGAAAAUUCACCAUCCCGCAUGGGGGAGAAAAAAGGGGGAAAAGUGCCAGCCUCCUUCGUUCUUUGGAAAAAGCUCGGACGAGAAACCAAUGAUUUUUUUCUCAGCCUAAAGUGAUGUUGAAAUCUUGUGCCUACUUUGUUUAACAUGAUAUCCCGCUAGUAUUUGGUAAACCAAGCCACAAUUUUGUUCGAGAUUACUCAAACAGUUAGCUCACUUUCGGUACUAAUUUAUAGGCUAAAGCGAGAACCGUUCUACAUGUAUGAGAAUGUCAUUUCGCCUUCUUUUAUGCAGUAACCAAAAAAUGAGUUUCUUCGUACGUGUAUGCCUAUCGAUUAAAUUUCAAUUAAAUAUUUAACCAUCUUAAUAUUUUAGGCUCUGUUUGUGAUUGGAUGUUAUCUUAGUGUUGGUGUGAAUUGUAAUUUUAAUAAGGAAACAAACCUGUGCAAUUUAAGGAUUAAAUCAAUAAUUAUACUUCAGUGAAGUAGGCUUUUUUAUUUGAUUGUAAAUGAUAUAGACUUAGAAUAAAACCAUGAUGGAGGUGAUUCAAAUUGGAA